AUGUUUCCCAAAGCCGAGUGCAUAACCUGGAUUACUGUCCUUUUUGCAGCUUCGUUUGCCACUGUAACACUUAAUGCCAUCACAAUUUUUAUCUUCAUAAAAAAUCGCAAUCUUCGUAACCGUAGUGCCUACCUGAUCAUAAAUCUGGCUGUUGCUGAUAUGUUAGUGGGAGGUGUCAGUACAUUUGAUCUAUCUUACUCUUAUGGACAGAUUUGUAGAAUUUGGAAGUUUAAUUCAUAUAGAUUUUCUUACUUUAGCUCAGCUGCUGUCUUUCUUUUCCUUUUCUGUUCCUUAACAAAUAUAACUGUCAUUUCUUUGGAACGGUUACAUGCAACAUACUGGCCAUUCAGACAUCGCGUUUUAAAGAGGUGGAUUUACAAAGCAUUGAUUGCUGUUACUUGGAUUAUAGCUGGGGCCAUCUCAUUGGCUUAUAUGGCUCUUAGAGAAUUAUGGGUAUCGUCAAAGUAUCUUUAUUUAUGGAAUCUGUUCAAUGCCUUCUGCUUGACGAUAAUCUGUAUCUGUUACGCCUCAAUUUAUGUCAAAGUUCGUCACGGUGCGCAGGGUCUGCAUCAUAACGCUGCCACGAGAGAAAGAAAACUGACAGCGACAUUGUUCAUUGUAACAUUUCUUUCUCUUUCGUUGUGGCUUCCUUACUUUGUAACCUGGGUUGUCAUGGAAGCCUCUGACAAUUUUCUAAUGCCACCUUUUCGUUUAGUUUACUUUUUCAUUUUUUUAUUUCACGCUAACUCUCUCAUUAACCCCAUAUUAUACCUUAUAAAAAUAUCAGGCUAUAGGAGAGCUUUCAUUGCCCUAUUUAGAAUACGUUGUCAACAGCAAAGACGAGGUCACGUUUUUCCUAUUAAUGACAUAUGAUAUGGAAAUUAUUGAGUUGAAUUGAGGCUUAGCAAUUCAUGAAAAAUGAUUGAAAAGGCCUGACUUUUGCAUCGAAAGGGAAGAUGGAGGGAGCAUGCUUUUAACUUUAAUCGAACUAGAUUAUUUGCCCAUCUUCUAGGUUUCUGGGCAAAAUGUGUCUUUACUUGAAGCUGUGAAGCGUUUUAUGGUAGAGCUGUUUGUAUUUCUCAAAGAUCUAAGAAUUCAGUUCUGCAGGCAGUAAUUUCUACAGAACUACGUAAGUUGGUCAAAUAGGUUUUACCAUAAUUGAAGUUUUCAACACAAAUUAGAAAACUGUUAGUCAUUUGAUUUUGACCUUCUGUAACACGCAUAUGAACUUUUUCAUUGGGUAUUGAUAACAGUUUCAGUGUGAUUACUUUGUAAUAACGUGUACGAGAUUUUCCUACACGCCAGCUUCUUUAUUCUGAUAUUGUUUGUAUAAUAAUAUACUCAAUGUCGUUGGAAGAUAUUGUUUUACUCUGUCACAUGUACAUUCCAGUGUAAAUUAAUAAACAUAUUCUCUGUGGUUAGGAAGUACAUCGCACACUCAUUAUCUCGAUCACAAUCUAAUUUUUUCAGGGAGGCUUCCUUAAUUUUAGUAUUAUUAUUUUAGUACUCGUCAUCAUCAUCAUUAUCAUUAUAAUUAUCAUAUUUAUAAAUAUUAUAAUUUUGUCGCCUUUAUUUCAUUAUUCCAAAUAACCGAAAAUUGCCAAACAAACAAACUAAAAAAAUCUAAGUAAAAACGUCGUUUUGGGGAUAAGUGGUUACGUAAUAAUACACAUUCAAAACUUUCAGCAUACUCAUUGGGCGAGAACAAGUCAAUUAAUCCCACACAGGGUAGAAAUUUAAAAUUGAGUGAAAUGCUUGAAAUUGAUUAACAAGAAAUACGCGAGAGCACGACAAAACAAAAUAGAGGAAAGGUGAGGGGGAAGUUACAUGUUUUAGUUCAGUGUUUAAGGGAGAAUGCUAAAACAUAACCACCCAACAGGUCUGGAAGACUUGAGCUUUCAAAAGCGGCUAUGAAAGUGUGAAUCGGAGGCUCCUGAAUAAAAUAUUGGAGGAGUUUUACGCAACAGUUCUUAUGAAUCUGAAAGACAGGGAAGUUUACGAGUGGGAUAGCAUUCGCGUAAUGGUUGCUGCUAACCGAUGGCUAACAGAGAGAGAGUAAAAGCGUUCGAUUAUUCUUGGUAGAUAGUUUUAAAGCUUGAAGCAAGUUCUUGAGGAAAAUGCCCGACUACUCCAGCAACAAGGCAAAGGCAGGCGGCCGAGCCAGUAAGCCAUGUCACGAAAUAAAAACAGUUGAAGAAGAAAACAAAGUCAUGAUUUUACUUGUAUAUUAUCAACUAGUAAUCACAUAAAUUUUCUGGUGCAAUUUGGGAUAAAUCAGCACUCGUAAAUCUCUCACAGACCAAAAAUUGUAAUUGUCCCACAGGCUUGUGCAAAUGGUUAACGUCUGAAAAUUUUGCUCAUGCUGAUCUAUUCAAAAUUGCUUUCGAAAUCAUGUGAUUACCUGACUAUGCAAAUGGCAUUGGAAAGGUGUAAUUUCAAUGUUUUUGUUAUUGCACUGAAACGCAGCUCUAAUGGAAAAAUGUAAUUAAAUUUCCUCAGGGUUACUUCUAUGUACAUGUGCCCAUCCCUUUGAAAUGACAAUUCUCUCAGUGAGUAAUGCUAAAUUCGCAGCAGACACUAAUUCCUUUGGGGUGGAAAAUUAUAAUGCAAGAGAUACUAAUCCAAAAGGGUUAUUAUGCUUUAAACCAUAAAUAAAACACCUGCAUUAAUACAGAAGUUUUUAAAACUCUAAUAACGCUUUUAGCUCUAGGGACUGCUUGACUAGUUUGCCGGUGUAAAUUGAUGUAUGUGUUGUUAAGCAAUUUGCCUCAUGUGGACAGAGUCACUGUACUAUUAUUGCUUAGUGAAUGAAAGUCGAAAUCCUCGUAGGAUUAGCUUUUGCUUUCAAGGUAAGUUGCCAAAAGCGUUUUGAUUUCCUCCAACUUAGGUAAGAUCACAAAUUACUAAAACUCAGCAAAUCUUAAAAUCAACGUUCGCAAUUACCUAAAAAAAAAAAAAAAAAAAAAAACUCACUUCGGCGCUUUUCUUUUUGUGAGAUUAAAAGUCGCCUUUUAUACUAUUUAACCAUAUUUUCACAACCGUUGUAUGCUUUAUCUCCGCAGUGGGCUUCGAGAUUUUACAAAGAAUUUGAAGGUCUUCUUCCUUCGUUCACGUAAGUUGAACAUUACGAGCAGGUCAAAUCUUGCGUGUCAUAUUAGAAUCACUUUAGGGAAUCUACUACUUGUGGCCCUACUACUUGUGGCCAUUUAAAUGCUUUAUCAAACUGGUUGUGUCACAUAAUUCCAAAUUAUAAAGACGAAUUACCGAUAUGGAUCAUAAGAGGAUAGUAACCAUUUUCUUGUUCUUCAUCAUUAUUCUCAUUGUUAUCAUUUAUUACCGUUUCUUGUAUCAGUGCUUUCACUGAUGUAAGAUCUAAGCUCUUGCCGAUUAUUUUUCGUGUCAUUCGUAUUUAUUUAUUUCGUUCUCUAUUUUUUUCAAACCUCCUCGUUAGUGUUUUUUGUUAAGUUAUUAGCGUUUUUCCUCUUUAGUUACACCUUCUCACUUGUUUCACAUACCGCACGUUAUUUCGCAGUCCUCUUGUAUUUGAAGCCAGUUUCUUUUACGCAUAAUGGCUUUUCAAGUCAGUUUACCUAAAGUCGCACUUGGUGCAGAUCUCUGUUUUAGAAGUCGGUUUUGCAGUUAUAUAUUACACUGUUAUAUUACAUAUUAUCCGUUUCGCUUCGUUUGAAUUUUUUUUUUGUAGCUUGUUUACUUAAGUUAAGUUAGCUCUUAUGUUUUUAGUUUCAACUUACCACAUCUGUUCCUCUCUGAAAUAAAAGUAUUUCGAGUUGGAAUUAAAACGUUUUUGCUGUUGCAAUUGAUAUCAUCCUGGUCAUUACUGAUUUCCAUAAUUUUAAUCAUGAAAGUUGUUCUUAAUUCAAUUCAAAUUUGUAGUUAAACUACAUGAAUUGUAAGGUUUUCCUGAUGUAUUUUUUGCUGCAUCUGGGUUCUUGGAACACAUAACUGGUGGAUGAAGGAGACAGACUCAUUUUUUUCUGUAGAUAAUUGAAUAAACAACAAGACAACGAUAAAAUAAUUAAUUCUCUUCUACCAGGACCAACAAAAAAAUCGACUCAUAAAAAACGACAUAAGAUUUUCGUCUGUGUAAUUUUCUCAUUCAAUUUUCCUUCACAGCUAAUACCGUGAUUGACUAAGCAGAAGUGGAGAAGGAAAGGAACUACCUUAGUUCAAGAUGUUUCCUAAACCAGAGUGCUUAACCUGGCUCACGAUAUAUUUUACACUUUCGUUUGCCACAGCAGCCUUCAAUGCCAUCACAAUUGUUGUCUUUAUAAAACAUCGUAAUAUUCGCAACCGUGGCGCCUACCUGAUCAUAAAUCUGGCUGUUGCUGAUAUGUUGGUGGGAGGUUUUAGCACAUUUGAUCUAUCUUACUAUUAUGGACAGACUUGCAAUAUUUGGAAGUCUAAUUCAGGAAGAAUUUCUUAUCUGUUAAAAUUAGCUAUUAUAUUUCUUUUUCUUGUCUGUUCCUUAGCAAAUGUUACUGCAAUUUCUUUAGAGCGCGUGCACGCAACAUUUUGGCCAUUUAAACAUCGCGUUUUGAAGAAGCGGGUUUACAACGUAAUAAUUGUUGUUACUUGGAUUACAGCUGGGAGCAUGUCAUUGGCUUAUAUAACUCUUAUAGAAUUUAACGCGCCGUCGGCAUUUUUUUAUUUAUGGAAUUCGUUUAAUGCGAUCUGUUUGUCGGUGAUCUGUAUCUCUUACGCCUCAAUUUUUGUAAAAGUUCAUUACAGUUCACAGGGUUUACACAGCAACGCUUCUACAAGGGAAAGAAAACUGACUGCCACAUUGUUCAUUGUAACAUUUCUAUCUCUCGUUUUGUGGCUUCCUUAUGUUGUGAGCAGGCUUCUCAUGGAAGCAUCUAACUUCUCUAUAAUGCCGCCUUUGCGCUUAGACUUCUUUUUGUUUUUUUAUUUCACACCAACUCUUUCAUUAAUCCUAUGUUAUACCUUAUUAAAAUACCAGGAUUUAGGAGAGCAUUUAUUGCCCUAUUCAAAAUACGUUGUCCACAGAAUAGACAAGUGCAAGUUUUUCCGUACUAAGGAUACAUGUGAUGUGACACUGAAAGAGAUAAACAAGUUAAAUUCAGGAAGACUUGCUCCGUCAAGUAAUUCUUGAGUAAGACGUUUUCACUGUAUCACUUUAUCAGACUUUCCUGAAUAAACAGUUUCUCAGCUUUAGGACACAGUUUUAGUUUAUUUUGAAGUAACUCCAUACCAUCUUUAUCAUUUUUAAUCGUAAUUUACCUUAAAUUUUUACACCAUCAAAAGGAUUUUAUUCAUCAUUAUCUUUAUUAUUGUUAUUGUUAUUGUUACUACUUAUAUUAAACUGAUGGGUAUCAUGAAAAAAAUAUGUGAUUUUCAAAUCAUGUUCCAAAAGAGAGUAAGAAACUUGACAUCUAUUUGGCUAAACCUCAAAGUAAAGCAAUGGAAAAAAUUUUGUCUGUGUGGUAGAUUGCAGUUAUCUCGCACCGUUCAUAACCAUAGGUGACCCAACCUGCCUUUGAAAGUCGGCUUGUGCACCUGCGCCAUGCUUCUUGUCAAAUAUCACCGAAAACAAUUGCUUUUGAUAAACUAGAGAACCCAAAGCACAUCCUCGCUGCAUGACCAUGAGCACUCUGCGGCGAGAAGUGAUAUUUCUUGCGACGACUUAAUGAUGCACCUGCGUCAUUACCUCAACAACAGGCGAAUUUCUUAGAAACGUCGUGACGCUUUUAGUGGCAUCAAUUGUCUGGCGACUUUGUGGGAGUAAAAAAAGAAAUUUUUUCUAUACCGCAAAUUUCUUUAUAAAUUUUGUUGUCUCAAGGUCCGGACCAUUAUUUUUCAACCAGCCAAAUCAGUGGAAGCCCUUACUUCGUCUUUAAAGUAAUCCUAAUUCGUGAUUCUCUACUCUGGCAAGGAUUGUUGAAAAAACUACAAGUUUUGGUUCUUGCGUAACUACCAUCAGUUUGAAGUUUCGACUAUGCGCAUCGGCUAAAUGUUGUAUCAAGUUGUGAUUUAUCGCUAGAAAAGAACUUUUCAGGUUCAGGCUGGUGCAAAAACUUUAAUUUUCGACAUUUUCUUAUGUAGCAUCACUCCCACACGAAAAACGUUUGCAAUGUUCUUUCGCCUCUCACCUCCUUCCAAUGUUGUUAAUUACCGGUGCGCCCAUGCCACAUCGCAAACCAACUCUCAGAGGAACAGGGGAGGUGGUAAGUAUCCUAUCAAAUGUGUCUGGGAGUCCUAUAAACAUGAUUAGUUGGGACACUCCUCUUAAACGAAGUUCAGAUGUUCGUUCACCUCUCACCCCUUCCAGUGUUGUCAAUUGUAGAUGUGUUCCUGCCAUCUUGCAAAUUAACAUUGACUGGAGCAGGGGAGGCAGUGAGUGUCCUAACAAAUGUGUCUGGGAGUUUAGGUAGGACUCGACCAGCGUUACCCUUAACAAAGACGUGUCGCAAAUACACCACGCCGCAGGAGACUGUCCAUAAAUGACCUUUGUGAAAUUCAGAUAUGUCAAGGCCCCAAUUGGAAGACUCCCUAAUCAUUCUCUUAUGUUCUCUUGAUCUUUAAUUAUCUAUAUAUUUAGCUCUCUAUUUCCGAUUCAUUUUUCAGAAAAGAGAGUAAAACAAGUCACUUGGAGUUUUGAUGAUAAAAAAAAAUGUCAAGAGAAAAUAAUAGGACAGAGAGGGAGAGGGGGAGAGAGGCUAUUGUUCUUAGCUUUCGGAAAACGUCACUUUCACCAGAGUUAUUUGUUAACAGUCUCUAGUGCGAAAUUCGAAUUUGAUACACAUUACUUCAAUUCUGAUAAAUGAGUAAAAAAGAAGUCAAAAUUACCAAAAGUUUAUUUUUGGCAAAGUGUUCAAGUCAAACCGAAGUAGUUUGGAAACGUAGGAAUAAAAACAUACUUCUCCACUUUAAUUUUACGGUUAAACCUGUCGGAUUCUUUAUUCUGGAUUCUGAAUCUAUUAUUGACGAGUUAAUUUCUACAGAGGUAGAAUUUCAAAAUUUCAGUGAUUUUAAUCACUAAUUUUUUAAUCACCGACAACUGAGAACAAUAAUUAUCUCUAUUCUGGAAGUAAUACAAUAUUACCAGAGGCAGAAAAUUCUAGAGACCCCAAGCUGCUUGGUGUAAAUCACUUUUGAGAGGAUAAUUGAUUUUUGUUUUAUACCACAAAUAAAACAUCUGCAAGAGACGUUUUUAACCAGAAAAACCUUUUAAAGCCCUUAUAAUACUCUCAGCAUCAAGAAAUGCCCAAUUUCCCCGACGGCAGCUAUUAACGCACGUUUCGAUAUCAACUUGAUUCAUGAAUUUGCUAUGCAAAGCCCUUAAGAACAUUGUCAUUCAGGGAUUGAAGCCAAGAAUUUAGAUUGGAGAAUCUAUUUCAUCGCGGUACAGACUGUCUUCUGCUCUUCUUUUCGUAAAGAAACCUGCAGGCUUCUCUUUUGGCUUAAUUGGGGUAAGUUUUAUAAAAGGCUAGCUCAGUGUCAUGACAGAAUCUUAGCAUCAAAGAUGGCAAGUAGAAUCUUAGAAUGAACGCUUGAAUGUCAGAUUUCUUUAGCCGUUGACACUUAUAGUAGUCCUUAAUUCAAGCCUGUCAAUUCAGACCAUUUCUUAUUACUCCGAGGCCUUGACAAAUUUUUUAUGUUUGCAUCAAAAUAUGAAUUUCAUUGGGAACACCUUGAACAUUCUCGCCAAAAGCUUACAAUAAAACGAAAAGCAAAAAAUUUUACGAUAAAACGCGCGGCCAUGGGGUCUUAUUCGAACAAACGAGCAUGCUAAGCCUGAGCGAGAAUAUAACUUUUUUCCGUCUUUGUUGUUGUCACGUUUAUGUCACUACACCUUUCUGUCAUCAACUGAACAAGCUACGUGAAAUAAGAAGAAACUCGUGAAUAUGUAGUUUGGUAGGAUUAUUAAUAAAUCGAAACAUUAAAGAAGUCAGUAAUUCGCAAGACCUUUCAGGCCUUUAUACUGAAAUUUCAAACGCAUUAUAGGGGCAUUAAUACGACCUUUGUACCUUUUAUAUAAUAUUCAACCUUUUUCAACCUUUUUCAACCUUUUUCAACAGAGAGACGAGUAAUUCAUUUUACCAAGAGUGGAAAGGAAAAGGCAUCAGUUCUAGAUGCUUCCAAGAGCUGAUUGCAUAAUCUGGCUUACUGUGACAUUAGCAUUGGCAAUUGCCACAGUAACUCUCAAUUUUAUUACAAUUAGUAUUUUUACAAAGCACCGUAAUUUUCGUAACCGUAGCGCUUACUUGCUUAUAAAUUUGGCCGUUGCAGAUAUGCUCGUGGGAGGAUUCUGCACAGUGAACGAGUUUUAUUAUUAUGGAUGGUUUUGUAACAUUUGGAGGUCUGACUGGCCCCGCUACGUAUCAUUUAUGCAAUUAGCUGUUUUUUAUAUCUUCCUUGUCAGUUCCUUAACAAAUAUCACUGUCAUUUCCUUAGAGAGGCUACAUGCAGCGCUUUGGCCGUUCAAACAUCGUGUUUUGAAGUUGUGGAUUUACAAAAUCAUUGUCACUUUUGUUUGGAUCUUAGCUGGGUUUAUCUCAUUUGUCAAUGUCGCUCUCAUAAAUUUUGGAAAAUGGUCAGAUUAUGUUUAUUUCUGGAACUCGUAUAACGCAUUUUGCUUGCUUGUAAUUUGGUUUUCGUACGCUCUAAUUUUUUUCAAGGUUCAUUUAGGAUCGCAGGUCUUGCACCAUGGAGCUGCUGCUAGAGAGAGAAGACUUACAGUGACUUUGUUUAUCGUUACAAUUCUGUCUCUAGCCUUGUGGCUUCCUUACAUUGUAAACAUUUUUGUCAAUUAUUCCACUGAUUACGCUACGUUGUUACCCGGACUUAUAUAUUUUCACCUAGAAUCCUCUUUCAUUCUUUUUUUUCAUACAAACUCCCUUGUUAAUCCUAUUUUAUAUCUGAUUAGAAUACCAGGCUUUAGGAGAGCUGCUAUCGCCUUAUUUAAAUCACGAUGUCGACAGCAAAGACAGAUUCAAGUUUUUCCUCUCCAUGAAGUCUAA